AUGAGCGACGCCAAUACCCUUGGUCCCACAAAAGCCACACCAAAUGAUUACAUUGAGAGUUUGUCUCCUGAACAAAUUGAAAAUGACCAAAGAAUAGGUUUAAAAGCCAUCAGAUUGUUCUUGCAAAGUAAAACGUCUUAUGACGUUUUACCUGUGAGUUACCGGUUGAUCGUUUUGGACACUAGCUUAUUGGUGAAGAAAUCUUUGAACAUAUUGCUACAAAACAACAUUGUCAGUGCACCAUUGUGGAGCAAUAAAACCUCUCGUUUCGCUGGAUUGUUGACCUCCAGUGAUUUUAUCAACGUUAUCCAAUACUACUUUCAAUACCCAGAGAAGUUUGAUUUGGUUGACCAGUUAACUUUAGACGGGUUGAGAGACAUUGAAAAAGCCAUAGGUGUUGCCCCCAUUGAGCUGGUGUAUAUACAUCCAUUCAAGUCUUUGUAUGAAGCCUGCGUGAAGAUGUUGCACUCCAAAGCCAGAAGAAUCCCACUUAUCGACGAAGACGAGAAGACACAUCGGGAAAUUGUCGUUUCUGUGUUAACACAAUAUAGAAUCUUGAAGUUUGUGGCUUUGAAUUGCAAAGAGACCAAGAUGUUACUAAAACCAAUCAAGAACAUUGCUACGUUGAGCCAGGUGAAAGAAAUCUCCACAUGUACAAUGGCAACUCCAGUGAUUGAAGUCAUACACCUUUUGGCCCACCACUCGGUCUCGUCUAUUCCAAUUGUCAACGAGGAGAACAAGUUGGUUAAUGUUUACGAGGCUGUUGACGUUUUAGCCUUGGUCAAGGGUGGAAUGUACACAGACUUGGACUUAAGUGUGGGUGAUGCCCUUUUGAGAAGAUCGGAAGAAUUUGAUGGUGUUCAUACUUGUACUGUCAAUGACAGAUUAAGCACUAUCAUGGACACGAUCAGAAAGUCCAGACUUCAUAGAUUGUUCGUGGUGGACGGCCAAGGAAAGUUGGUUAGUGUAAUUACCUUGAGUGAUAUUUUGACGUAUCUUCUUUAUGGCGAAGAUUAA